AUGGGGAAUGUUUCUUCUGAAGGGGUUGAUUUUCAAGUUUGCAACAUGAAGGUUGACAAGCAAGUUGUGGCAUUGCAGCUGUGGGACACAGCUGGCCAGGAGAGGUUCAGGAGCUUAUCUAAGCAGUACUUCAGGAAAGCUGAUGGAGUGAUAAUGAUGUACGAUGUCACAAACCAACAGUCUUUUUUCAACGUGCGAUCAUGGAUGGAGGAUGUUCAGAAUUCCGUGGAGCCGGGAACUUCGUUGAUGCUACUUGGUUCUAAGAAGGACCUUGUUAGUAUUAACGGCGACGUAGGGACGUACAUAUACCCAGGGGAAGCUAGGAGACUCGCUUUUGAGUAUAAUGCUUCAUUCUUCGAAACAAGCUCAGUGACAGGUCUGAACAUAGACGAAUGCAUGAAAUACAUGUCAAGACUAUUAAGAGACAGAGAAGACCAAACAAUAGCCAAAACAAUUAACGUGUUAUCGUCUGAAAACGAGCAUGGAUCUACGGGUGCAUUCAAGAACUCUUGUUCAUGCGGUACAACUUCGUGA